AUGGCUUCCCCCCGUCCUCCGCACAACUUUGGUCCUCAAGGUUAUUCGCUUCCUAAUGGUGCCUCUGGUCCAGUACCGGGAGCCACCCCUCUCCUCCCCAACAAUGGACGAAUCAUCCAAAACGGUCCUGUAAGAGUGCUGUGUAUUGCAGAUGUGCGAGGGGGAAAAAAGCCCACGGAGAAUAAGCUAACCGGAGACAUUACCUUUUUUUUUGUGUGGAAUCUGAAGUCUUUGAAUGAACUGGCCAAACAAGCCCGCGCAGACCACAUCAUUCACACUGGUGACUUCGGUUUUUAUGAUGACACCUCACUGGAACGAAUUGCGGAUAAGACCCUCAAGCACGUGGCCCAAUACUCUCCCCUGCUCCCCGAAAGUGUGAAACGCACCAUUGCUCAGACACCUCCCCAGCAGUCCAUCAAGCAACGCUUCACGCCAGACCAGCUACCCCUCUCAGAGCUUCCCAUGCUGCUGGAUAAGCGGCUGACCCUCGAUGUUCCUGUAUACACUGUCUGGGGUGCUUGUGAGGAUGUGCGGGUGCUAGAGAAGUUCCGAUCGGGCGAGUACAAGGUGGACAAGCUACACAUCAUCGACGAGGCCAACUCCCGAUUGCUGGACAUAGGCGGUGUCAAGCUACGACUACUGGGUCUAGGAGGUGCGGUGGUGAUGCACAAGCUGUUCGACAAUGGCGAAGGCAAGACUACCAUUGCAGGAGGCCAGGGUACGAUGUGGACGACUUUGUUGCAGAUGGGUGAGCUGAUUGAUACCGCCAACCGGGUAUACGAUCCGUCCGAAACUCGUAUAUUCGUUACCCACGCUUCCCCGGCCCGAGAAGGGAUGUUGAAUCAGGUUUCCGUGACCCUCAAGGCAGAUUUCUCCAUUUCUGCUGGUCUCCAUUUCCGCUAUGGUUCUUCCUACAACGAGUUCUCCGUGAACCCCUCUCUAGACCACUACCGGGGCAAGCUGGCUGCCUCGAAGGCUUCUUUCAAUGACGUGUGGGAGACGGUGCGAGGUGAAGUUGAGGCUGCUAUUUCUUCGAACGAGGCUCAGAAGACACUUCUGGACAAUGCACUUGGUGUGGUGGAGAAGAUGCCAACUGUUGCCAAUGGUGGGAACCCGUUCGGUGGACCUACCAACCCCGGUAGUGCUAGCGGUCAGGUAGAUGAGAGCGCUUUCAAGAACAUGUGGAACUUCAACCUUGCAGAUGCGGCGUUCGGGUUCUUGGUCCUCGAGGUCGAGUCCGGCCGUAUUGGUACAGAAAUGCGUGCCCAAGGCUUCAACUUCGCUCACCGUAGUGGCAAGCCCCCAGUUGCAGGUGCCGUCCAGCCUGCCGCUCCUGUCUCCGCUGGUGCUCCUGCUGGCAUGCCUUCCCCCGCAGCUCGCCCUUCCAGCACAGCUCCUCAGUUUGGCCAGGCUCAGCCCAUUCCUACUCGUGCUCCCCCGGCUCAGCAGCCUGUCCCAGUCAAGGGGCCUGCUAUCCCAGCUCGCACUUCCCCAGCCCCUGUCAUUCCUAAGUCUGUAACUCCUCAGCCUACCAGUGGUGCUGCUUCUCUCCCCGCUGCUUCCCAAACCACAGAGUCGCCCGACAUCUCUGUCAUAACCGAGGCCAACGGCGCCCCCCAGCCCGAGAAGUCUGCUGAAUCGCCUCUACCCAAGACCGAAAGAAAGCAAAGUAACGGUCUCUUCGUGUCAAACGUCGAAAACGAGCAGGCUGCUCGCGAGCUCUUCGCAGAGGAGGACAAGGCCAAGGUGCUUAAAAUCGAGAAAUGGGGCAAGUAUAACCACGUCGUUACCUUCGCAACCGUUGAAGAGGCCAAGGCUGCUCUCGAUCGUCUCCCCAUCGAAUACAAGAAGUCCAGCGGCCCAGGUCAACCCCGUAAACCCAAUGUCAAGUUCUUUGAAGACCGUGGCAGCCAUCGUGGCAACGCCGGUACCUGGCAAAGCAGCAGCCGCGGCGGCAGCAACACAUCACAGCGUGGAUAUCAAAGCGGAGGGGCUAGUGAUAGUGAAACCGGACGCGGACGCGGUUUUGGCGGACGUGGUGGCCGGGGUCGCGGGGAUCGAGGCGGGCGUGGUGGACGAGGAGGCCGCGGCGGUUUCGGCAAGACAUCAGGCCCAUCGGACUCUGCUCCCUCAACAUCCACACCCUCUGGCGACAAGCCAGCUGCUUCUGGUGACGUCUAA